AUGCCACCGAAGGGCAAGAAGGCGAAGACUCGAGCAGCAAAGUGCUUACUAUCUGAUGACGAUGAGCCCUUGCCACCCCCGCAGGUCUUACACGCAAGGCAAGUGACUACUAUCAGCAACGAGCAGCUCUACUCCAUCUACAAGACCGCCGACGCGGUGCUGGACGACGACGAUGUAUCCUUGCAACAGCUUAGUUUAUUUAUUUCUGAACUUUCCGUUGCUAUUGAUUCUUUUCUGGCUGCCUGUUCUACUUUUGAUAACGCUUGCAUGAAGUAUGGCUUUCUUGAUUUAAAUGAGUCGGGGUUGAAAGAUCGACUGCAACUGGGGCUCGUCAGUAGGGGUAAACUUAGGUGCCUAGAAUCCAAACGAGACAACAUGCAGCGACCUUCACAAUCCACUGCUACAUCAUCCACCGCAACAUCACGUUCUCCCUCCAGUUCUAAUGUUUCAAAUCCCGCAGUACCAGACAGCGCACAUGGUAGUUCGUAUGCAUCCAUCCGGCUACCGAAGCUUACCUUACCCAAAUUUGAUGGCAACUUUUCGAAAUUCCGUGAAUUUCACGAAAUAUUUCAAGCCUCUGUCGGUGCCAGCAAAUUGUCUGAUGUGGAAAAGUUUGCAUAUCUCCAAGAGAAUGUUGAAGGCGUCGCAAAGGAGGCAAUUGCUGGGUUCGACCUGACGGGUGCCAACUAUCGCAUUGCGAUGGAUGUUUUAGAGGAAAGAUUUGGUGACGUUCAAAUCCAUAUCGACAGUCACUACACAGCCAUGACGCAUCUACCUCCAGCAACAGACAAACCUGCUUCGUUGCGGAAACUACUUGACGAAAUCGAACGGAACCUCCGCAGUCUUGAAGCACUCAAACAAGACGUAGAACACCCGUUAUUUAUUCCUAUGAUCACAGCAAAGCUCCCACAGGCUGUCAUGGUGCAGCUUGAGCUUGCACGGGGCAGCGACAGCUGGACAGUCGCAUCCUUACGCAAGGCCCUUGGCAUCUUGGUACGUGUCAAGGAAACUAGUGAACGCCAAUGUCACGACGCGAACAAAGGACAUCAACAGCAUCCUGCGCCAUCCCAUGUCAUUUCAACUGGUGUAUCCCUCUUGCCACAUCAUGAGAAACGCAGACCUCCGAAAUGUUUCUACUGUUCAGGGGCACACUUUAGCGAUGAAUGCGGGCAGUACCGAGAUUUAGAUGCACGCAAAGCUCACUCGAAACUCAAUGAUCGCUGCUCCAUAUGUUUCAGAUCAGAUCAUAUCGCACGUGACUGCAAACAGGCGAGACCGUGCUUCCACUGUAAACUGUCUACGCAUCACAGAAGCUUGUGCGGUAAGAAGUUUGGCGGUGCCUCGGUAGCGCAGUCGGAGCAGAAGCCGGAGAACUCUACAACAUUGAACGUCGAUGCUACACCAUUUCUGUCUGCAACUCAAACCUUGACAUCGACUUGCGAACAUGUUAUCAUGCAGACGGCCCUUGCUACCAUCCAGGAUGAGUCAGGGCAAAGCCUUCAAGCUCGCCUUUUGUUCGAUACUGGUUCCAGUCGAACUUACAUCAAAGAAUCCACCCGAAAAGCCUUGCACAUUCCGACAAUUGGCACUGAUGUCACAGCAAUGGCCAACUUUGGUGCAUCCCAACGCACCACGCAGAACCUUCCACAAGUGGAAUUCAAUGUCCAACUUCUCGAUGGCUCUGCCCAAUCCGUUCAAGCCAGCGUUGUCCCGCAGAUCUGUUGUCCAAUUCUGAAGACUCCGCUGGAUACCCAGACACAUCCGUCGCUCGAACGCCUACCUCUUGCUGAGCCCUUAACACUCACUCGCGAACAUGUCGAGAUUGACAUUCUGGUUGGGACAGAUUUCUACUAUGACUUUGUGCUGACAGAUCGCACCCACUUCCCAGAUGGUCUGAUUCUCCUAGACACCAAGUUAGGUUUUAUCUGCACAGGAAAGGUUCCCCACUCCGAGAUCCAACCAGACGAGUCCACAGUCAUGGUCCAUGAUGUUCCUGACCCUCAGUGCACUCGUUCUGACUUCUUGGAUAAGCCACCUAGCGAGUUGCACGGAUCUCCAUCUUCCUUUCUGGGGGAGGAUCCUGUACGGUUGACCACACCCACUCCUGAUGAGUUUGAAGAGUGUGUUGCAGAAUAG